UGAUUGUUAACGUGAAAACUCAAAAUGUCGACUCUUUCUUUGAAGUUCCUCGUCGGUGUAUUCGUCCUUCUCUCCAUCUAUCAACCCUCCAUUGCCGACGGCGAGAACGCUCCUCAGUCCGCCCCUCAAUCCUCCCCAGCCUUCAACGUCCCGGCUGGAAAGGACCCAACGUUGAUUCGCGAGACUUGCAAACUCACCAAGAACUCCGACGAAUGCGUGAAGAAUCUCGAGGCUGAUGUACGCAGCUACGACGCCACCGACGCAGGUGGGCUUGCGCAGAUCGCGAUCGAGCACGUGGUAGCGAAUGCUAACCAUCUAUACGUACAAGCGAAUGCAUUGAAAUCGAAGCCGGGUUAUGAUGACCAGUCGAUCCGGGCCAUGGAGACUUGCUCUAAAUUAUAUGGAGAAGCAGUUGAUACGCUCAUGCAAGGAAGACAGGCAGUUGGAUCCAAGGACUACAAAAGUGCUAAUAUAUAUGUUAGUGAAGCAAUAGAUGCUUCUGAUACUUGCACUCAAGAGUUUGAGGAGUCUGCCAGGAAAAUGCCAUUUGCUCGGAGGAACAAAAUGGUUAAGGACCAAGCUUCCAUCGCCUUAGAUAUCAUAGCGCAUCUUAAUUAGGUUGUGUUUGGUUGCACCAAAUAUCAAGAAUUUUUAUGAUAUUUCUUGAUUAUUAGGUCCAACUUGAUUCACACUUUCAUGAUAUUUCAUGAAAUUUGAUGCCCCAG